AUGCCCUCCUCGCUUCAUCUCCUCCAGGGAAUCCACCUCCUCCACUCCGACAACUUCCUCCCUCCAGUCACCUGCGAUUCCUCCCUCGAUGACCUCCAUUCCACUUGCGAUCAACCCACAACACUCUAUUUCCAAACCCAAGACUCCAAGCCCUCGAUUGUUUUCCCUCGAGGCUCAUCUGAAUGCUGCUUUUUGUCGAACAAUGCGUAG